AUGAGUGCUAUCACUUUCCACGUGGAUGCCGUCUUGUUUGAUAUGGACGGUACCUUGGUCGAUUCGACAGCAGGCGUGAUCGGAGCCUGGGAGACGUUUGCCGAGACAUAUUCAGGCCUAGAUAUUCAAAAGAUCCUGAACAGUGCACAUGGUGUUAGGACUGUUGACAAUCUGAGGAAGUACUGUGGGCUUACGUCUGAAGCGGAGCUCGAGAAAGAGGCUGCACGGUUCGAAGAGGCCAUCGUAACCUCCUCCACAGCUAAUGGCAGAAAGGGCAUUACCAUUUUACCUGGAGUUCGCCACAUCAUAGAUGAACUUGCUCCCGGAAAGAAAAAUCCCAAACCAUGUUGGGCCAUUGUCACAUCUGCAACCCGUGCUUAUGCAUCAGCUGCUCUAGAGAUUGCUGGAAUCCCGAUCCCAGAUGCCUUUGUGACUGCUGAAGAUGUUACACAAGGGAAACCUUACCCUGACCCAUAUCUUCUUGGUGCACAGAAAUGUGGAGUUUCGCCGGAAAAGUGCCUUGUCGUAGAAGAUGCUCCGUCAGGCGUAGCAAGUGGUCUUACCGCUGGGUGUGCUGUGAUCGGAUUGAUCACAUCGCACACCAAGGAACAGAUGGAAGUCAAACAUCCAACAUAUUUAGUUGAAAACUUGUCUAGUGUGUCGAUGAAGAUGGGAGCAAAUGGUGGCAUAGAUGUUGUGGUCAAUAUAGAUUAGAUGCAUUUCAUGGAUGAAAUAGAGUUUACAAGGCAGAUGUAACUAUUUGGCCCUGAUACCGGAAUAGCGAAGGAAAACUUUCUAGAAGUCUCACAC